AUGGCGCUGACCCCCAGGAAGCUUCAGCCCAGCCUAGUGGGGGCCCCUGGUCAGCGACGGAGUCCUCAUAGCCAACACUGCCUUACACAGAAGGUGCACAGUCUCCCAGGCCCAUGGACCCUGCGCUCGGGCAGCACCCGCGAGGACACCCAAGGCCCCGGGUGCUGGGACCCCGAGACGGCCACUGUCCCUGUCCUCCAGGAGCUCACGUGUCAGGCUGGCUCUGAGGCCAGCCCAGCACCUUCCCUGUCCACCGAGGAGCAGCGGGCCCUGGAGCGGAAGUUGAAGAAGGAACGGAAGAAGGAAGAGAAGCGCCGUCUGCGGGAAGCGGGGAGCUGUCCUGCCCGGAAGACCCCUGCUCCACGGAUCCCCACUGACCCCACACCACCGUCCUCAGGGGCCACACUGGCCCUCGACUACCUCUGUGGUUGGGCCCAGAAGCGCCAGGACUGGAAGUUCCAGAAGACGAGACAGACGUGGCUCCUGGUCCACAUGUACAAUCCCGACAAGGUCCCAGAUGAGCACUUCCCCACUCUGCUGGCCUACCUGGAGGGGCUGAAGGGCCAAGCUCGAGAGCUGACAGUGCAGAAGGCUGAGGCCCAGAUGCAGGCGUUGGGUGAGGGGGCCACCGACGGCCAGGACUCCCUCCUGCUAGGACAGGCCCACCGCCUCCGCCAGGUGCUACAGCUCCUGUCCUAG